GGAGAGAAGAGGAAAAAGAAAAGAGCGAAGACGGGACCUGAAAGAAAUUUAGCCUCGCGGUCUUGGCGCCACUCCGACUGAAAAAGCGGAAUAAAGCGGCGAAAUAAUUUUUCCACAGACGUUUUAAUCAGAUGUGCGUCUAGCUGCGGCUCCUCUGUGUGUCUCACAGCCGCGGGUCGGUGCUGUAGUUAGCCAGCUAGCCUCGUUAGCUCACUCUCUAUCUAUCAUUGUCAUAUUAAUCUGGCCGCCUUCUCUCUCUGUCUGCAGUCACCAUCGUACUAAUAACUCAGCAACUGUGAGGCUGAUCGAUAACACACGGCCGCAGAAAUGGGGAGGAAGUCCAACCGAGCGAAGGAGAAGAAAGCCCGGCGUCUGGAGGAGAGGGCGGCUAUGGACGCCGUCUGCGCCAAGGUGGACGCUGCCAAUAAGCUUGAUGACCCACUGGCUGCCUUCCCAGCCUUCAAAAAGUACGACAGAAAUGGGCUGAACCUGCAGAUAGAGUGCAAGAGAGUGACCUCCCUCAACCCCCUGUCUGUGGAGUGGGCCUUCGAACUCACCAGAGCCAACAUGCAGACACUGUACGAGCAGAGCGAGUGGGGGUGGAAGGAGAGGGAAAAGAGAGAGGAGAUGAACGACGAGAGGGCGUGGUACCUGCUGGCCCGCGACUCCGACUCUGCCCCCGUGGCCUUCUCUCACUUCCGAUUUGACGUGGAGUGCGGGGAGGAGGUACUAUAUUGCUACGAGGUGCAAUUAGAGAGCAGAGUGAGGAGGAAAGGACUCGGCAAGUUCCUCAUCCAGAUACUACAGCUCAUCGCUAACAGUACACAGAUGAAGAAAGUGAUGCUGACAGUUUUUAAACACAACCACGGGGCUUAUCAGUUCUUCAGAGAAGCUUUACAAUUCGAGAUCGACGAGACCUCGCCGAGCAUGUCCGGUUGCUGUGGCGACGACUGCUCUUACGAGAUCCUGAGCCGGCGGACCAAGCAUGGCGAGGCCUCGGUGGGACACACCCACGGGGGCGGGCACUGCGGGGGCUGCUGCCACUGAUCGACCGCAGCGACAUCCGCCGAUUGGUUAAAAGCCAGCAACUUUCAUGGCUGUGUGUGAAAGCUUGAGCUGCCUGCUACUUGGCAGGCGUUUUGAGUUUGAAUGGCCGUCUCCAUGGCCGUUAAAAAAAUGAACCAAUGGUGGAAAUGCGCCAUACCUGGUUACAGAUAUUGAUGUUGCAUUAUGGAUUGAGAUUUCUGUGUCUUUUGUGUGUCCCUGCUACAAAAGCAGUAUGCAGUGUGAGCUUUCACACAUAGCUCCUGAUUUUUUUUUUUUUUUUUUCCUACUUCUUGGUUCGAUGUCCAAGCCGUCUUUUCCCAUCCUCUCAUCCCAAUUAAUUACUAUUAGUGGUUCCCAGUAAAGAACAAGCUAAGCAUUGCUGACAUUUUCUACCACUGCAGUGAACCUCAUCCCACCCCGCUCUCAUUUCCUCAUGUGCUAUACUGCAGUGCUUAACAUGGGUUACUGGCCUGGGGCUGUGUUAUAGAAACUUAGUGUCUCCAGUCAGGUUCUCUUCAGUCUGAGACACAAUUGAUCUGAGGUUGUAAAUUCUUCUGUAUCGAUAAUUCAAUCCCGUACUCAAAUCAACACGGUUACUAAGCAGAUCAGAUUUAUAGUCCGUUUCUGUAAUACAGCUCCUGAUCUCACUCUGAGACUACAAGCUUGUUUCACUGAACCAGGGUCCACGAUUAGGCUGACAGACUCAGUUUUAUGUCCCUUUUAAAAAUCCAGUUUGAGAGCCCCCGCUGCACCC